AUGAGUAUUUGCUCUAGUAAUGGGGAUUCGUAUUAAAAUAAUGACAAUGACUACAAUAAUCUGCCUUAGCCUAAAAUUCUCAAUCAGAAAAGGUUGUUCUCUGCAAAUCAAAAUACAAGUGAAGCCAACAUAUAGUCAAUUAGCUCUUAGCUUUCAUUGCCAAUGAAUUAGGUAAACUAAGGAAAACCAAUUAUUGACUCUAACACAGCUAAUAAUCAGAAUUAGUAGCAUAAUCCUAACCCAACUGCAUACUUCUUCCAUAACUUGUAAAAUAAAAAGUACUCGUUGCUAACGGAGCAAUAAUAAUCUACAACAGAGAUCUAUAAUUUCAAGCCUAAUAAGUAAAAAGUGCCUCCAACUUUCAACUAAAGUCUACUUAAUGCCUAGAAUAUGAUUAACUAAAACAACCAGUAAUCACCAACAAGUAGGGGGUAGCAGAAAACUAUGAUUCAGAAAACAUUGAUUAAAAUCUUUAAUAACAAUACAUUGCUUAGUCAAUAAUUAGUAAAAGAGGUUAAUGCAAAGCAGAUCCAAGAAAGCUGCUAUUAAGAUCAUAGUUUAGACAUUAAAAGCUAUCAAGUACAAAAGAAGCAGAAAUAGCAAUAAUAGCUAUAAAACGAACAAUAAGAGAUAGCAAUAAAUAACAGAGAUAGGUAUAAAAGUUCUAAUUCAAAGCCUAAUAACUAAAUGUUUCUUAGUCAAAUUUGA